GGUAAGACUAUGCUGGCAAAGGCUACUGCCAAGAUGGCUAACUCAAGGUUUAUCAAUUUGGAAAUUCCCACGAUGACCGAUAAACUAUACGGUGAAUCACAAAAAUUAGCCACGGCGGUAUUUACAUUGGCACAAAAAUUGCAACCAUGCAUCAUAUUCAUAGAUGAGAUUGAUACAUUUUUGCGAUCGCGAGGUAACAAUGACCACGAAGCUACAGCCAUGAUCAAGGCACAGUUCAUGAUCUUGUGGGACGGCCUAAAGUCAAACAAAAACAAUUCAAGAAUAAUUGUCAUGGGUGCUACAUAUAGACCACAUGACGUUGACCUGGCUAUUAUCCGGCGAAUGCCCAUGAGGUUUGAGGUGCCAUUGCCAAAUGAAAAUCAGAGGUUGGCAAUUUUGACAAAAUUGAUCAAGGAUGAAAAUAUCGAUAAAAGUGUUGACUUACUAUAUGUUGCAAAGAACACUGAUACAUUUUCAGCAAGCGACCUUAAAGAAUUGUGUCGCUACGCUAUUUAUACGCCAGUGCGUGAAAAAAGUGACAUACUCAUUAAGCAAUCCGAAUCAGACUUAAACGAUCAACUUAUUAAAACUAGCAUUACACACAUGAGAAAGGUGAAAUCCAAAGAUUUUGAUGAUGCAAUUGAGCUGAUGAAAGAGGGCAAAAAGUUCCUUGACGUUCCUGGCCAAAAAGUGACGAUCUUUUAA